GAAAGAACCAUCAACCACAUCCAAAUAAUAUAGAACUACCAAAUAAUCACCGCACUACGCACUCUCAGCCUUUGGCAAAAGCAUUCAACAAUAACAAUCUUGAAGACACGCUGUAGAAGUUCUUGGAGGUUUAGAGGAGGUUGAAACAUGGUUGCAAAAGGAAUCUACUUCCCAAAUAUAGACCCCAAGAACCCAUUGGGAGAGGAGGAUCAAUUAAUUUAUGAUAUAUCACGGAUCCUGAAGAAGAAGAUCAUUGCUGUUAGGGAUAGAAGAAAAAAAGCCAAGAUGAUUAUGAAAAAUCGCUGCAUUGAUUCUGGAAAAGUAGAGAGUAAGAAUAAUAACGUGAACAUGGUGGCGAGUGGAUUCUACAUCCCAAAAUCAAACCCAGAGAAGCCAUUAGGAGAGGAUGCGCACUUUAUAUGUGAGGAAGAAUCAACGAUGGGCGUGGCCGACGGCGUUGGCGGUUGGGCCAAACACGGUAUAGACGCCGGCGAGUACGCCCGGGAGCUCAUGUUAAACGUGGAAAACGCCGUGAAAAACGAACCGGAAGGCUAUGUUAACCUAAAAAGAGUUCUGGACGAGGCUUACUUGCAAACCAAGGCAAAGGGUUCCUCAACCGCGUCGAUCGUCACCGUAGAUAAUGAUCAAGUUUUUCAUGGAAUCAAUGUGGGUGAUAGUGGGUUUAUGAUAUUCAGAAACAAUAAACUAUUGUAUCGGUCGAUGAUUCAACAACAUUGUUUCAAUAGGCCCUAUCAAUUGGGGAAUGCUAAGAGGAGUGACACUCCAAAAUCGGCUCAAGAAUAUAGGCUUAAGGUUCAGGAUGGGGACAUAGUGAUUCUUGGGAGUGAUGGGCUUUGGGAUAAUGUGUUUGUUAGUGAGAUUGAAAAGACUUUGAUGCUUAGGAACAUAGAUGGGAAAGGGGAUGUGCAUGAUUUGGCAAGUUUCAUUGGCCAACUUGCUUUCUCAUUUUCCAUGGAUGGGAAGACUUUUUGUCCGUUCACAGAAACAGCAAAGAAUGCAGGACAAGAACGUGUUGGUGGAAAGGUUGAUGAUAUUACAGUCCUUGUAGGUCGUAUUGUUGUUCAGUGAGGUCAAAUUUUUGUAUCAACUUCUUUAGUCUAUUAAUUGUAAAUAAUUUUCAUAUUUUUUUCUGUGGCUUCCUUCUUUCCUUUUUUUUUAUUUUCGUUUUUUAUAAAAGAAUAAAUAAAUUUCUAAUCUUUUUAAUAGAAAGACAAAUACGUUAUUGAUUAACUAAAAAUAAGAAGAC